GUGACACCGAGUCCGCGCUCGACAUGCACAUCCAGGAGGCCUGGCAGCGCGGAUACACCGGCAAGGGCGUGGUGGUCUCCAUCCUGGACGACGGCAUCCAGGGCAACCACCCGGACCUAUCGCAGAAUUUUGACCCGAUGGCCUCGGCUGACAUCAACGACGGCGAUCCGGACCCCACGCCACGGGACAACGGGGACAACAAGCACGGCACCCGGUGUGCCGGCGAGGUGGCGGCGCAGGCCUUCAACACCUUCUGCGGGGUGGGCGUCGCGUACCACGCCAGCAUAGGAGGCGUUCGCAUGCUGGAUGGCACGGUCAACGACGCCGUGGAGGCGGCGGCGCUCAGCGUCAACCCGUCGCACAUCGACAUCUACUCGGCGUCUUGGGGACCUGAGGACGACGGCAAGACGGUGGACGGGCCCGGCCCGCUGGCCAAGCGUGCCUUUCUGCAGGGCGUAUCUACGGGUCGCAAAGGCAAGGGGUCCAUCUUUGUCUGGGCCUCGGGCAACGGCGGCCGUCACACCGACUCGUGCAACUGCGACGGCUACACCAACUCCAUCUUCACGCUGAGCAUCUCCAGCGCGACGCAGGGCGGGCUGAAGCCGUGGUACUUGGAGGAGUGCUCGUCCACGCUGGCCACCACGUACAGCUCGGGCACGCCCGGCAGGGACCGCAGCGUCGCCACCGUGGACAUGGACGGCCAGCUGCGGCCCGACCACCUCUGCACCAACGAGCACACUGGGACGUCCGCUUCCGCGCCGCUGGCGGCGGGUAUCUGCGCGCUGGCCCUGGAGGCCAACCCUUCACUCACCUGGAGGGACAUGCAGCACCUGGUGGUGCGCGCCUCGCGUCCGGCACCCCUCGAGCGUGAAGACGGCUGGGUGCUCAACGGCGCCAAGAGAAAAGUGUCGCACAAGUUCGGCUACGGUCUGAUGGACGCCGCGGCCAUGGUCGCCAUGGCCGAGGCUUGGACGCCGAUCCCGCCACAGCACAUCUGCAAGAGCCAGGAGAUGACCGAGGAGAGGCCCAUAGACGCUGCUAAAGGGGCCCUUCUCGAGAUGCAGGUGGACGUGAACGGCUGCAGAGGGACCGCUAACGAGAUCCGCUUCCUGGAGCACGUGCAGGCGCGCGUGACGCUGCGCUACUCGCCGCGCGGCGCGCUCCGGGUCACGCUCACCUCGCCGAUGGGCACCACGUCGGUGCUGCUGAGCGAGCGGCCGCUCGACACCGAGUCGUCCAACCUGGACGACUGGGCCUUCCUCUCGGUGCACUACUGGGGCGAGCGGCCCGACGGCCGCUGGACGCUGCGCGUCUCCAACCAGGGCAAGGAGGCGGCCAAGCAGAACGGCGUCGUCAAGAAGUGGCAGCUGGUGCUGUACGGCACGGCGGCCGACCCGCUGCCCAGCGCCAACGGCACGGCGGCCGGCGGCGGCCUCGGCCCCGGGGCUCCGUCCCUCGUCGAGCUCGUGCCGCUGGGCGGCGGCGCGCAGGGGCCCUCGCCCGAGUACCACCCCGCCGCGCCGCUGCCCGCCUCCAUGCGGCCCCUCAUCCUGCACGACUGCGACCACGAGUGCCUCGAAGCAGCCGGCUGCUACGGCAAGGGCCCCACCGCCUGCCUCGCCUGCAAGCACUACAAGCUGGACAACGCGUGCGUGUCGCGGUGUCCCCCACGGAGCUACUUGUCCAAGGACGCCUCCUGCUUGCCGUGCCACGAGUCCUGCGAGACGUGCGCCGGCCCGGGGCCCGACUCGUGCCUGUCGUGCGCGCCGGCACACCUGCGCGUCACCGACCUGGCCGUGUGCCUGCAGCAGUGUCCCGACGGCUACUUCGAAGACUCCGAGAAGGGCGUGUGCAUCCCGUGCGCCGCCAACUGCGUCUCCUGCUCGGACCAGCCCGACCGCUGCACCGUCUGCGCUCCGCGACUGCUCAUGCACGGAUCCAAGUGCUACGCGGCCUGCCCACCCGGCACCUUCAACAUCACCAGCGACAAGUGCCAGGAGUGCCACUCGUCGUGCGACACCUGCUCGGGGCCGGACGAGACGCAGUGCAUCUCGUGCCCGGCGGGCCGCUACUUCCUGUCGGGCACCUGCCUGCGCGGCUGCCCCGAGGGCUGGCACCCGGACAAGCACGCCCAGGAGUGCGCGGCCUGCGCGCUCGGCUGCACGCUCUGCACCAACUCGGGCUGCCUGGUGUGCGCGCAGGGCUGGGUGCUCGGGCCCGAGGGCCGCUGCAGCCGCGAGGGAUCCGGCCGCUGCAAGGACGGCGAGCACAUGGACCAGCAGACGGGGCACUGCGCGCCGUGCGACGCGGGCUGCCUGACGUGCCACGGGACGGGCGCCGACGCGUGCCUGACGUGCGCCGCCACCACGCCGAUGCUGUACGCCGGCCGCUGCUACCCGCUGUGCCCGGACGGCUCGUACCAGCACCUGGCCAGCACGUGCCAGCGCUGCCCGCACACGUGUCGGACGUGCGUGUCGCGCCAGAACUGCACGGCCUGCGCGCCCGGCCUCGAGCUGCAGAGCGGCCAGUGCCGCGUCGCCUUUUUAAGUUUAAACUGUCACGUACCAGCACAAUUAGAUUUUGAAAGUGUAACAGAACUGCACCAGUUUGCAGAGAGUGGAAGGGGGUACUACUCGGACGGCGGCGUGUGCUCGGCGUGCUACCUGAGCUGCGCCACGUGCGUGGGCCCGCGCAAGGACGAGUGCGUGUCGUGCCCGCGCGGCUGGCAGCUGCUGGGCGGCGCCUGCCACCCGGACUGCCCGCAGGGCCACUUCCAGACGCAGUACGGCUGCACGCGCUGCCACCACUCGUGCCGCUCCUGCGACGGCGAGGGCCCGGCGCGCUGCACGUCGUGCGGGUCGCGGCGCGUGCUGCAGGACGGCCGGUGCGCCGAGUGCGUGCGCGGCCAGUACUACGACGCGACGCUGCGGCGCUGCGCGGCCUGCGACGCCAGCUGCGCCGCCUGCUCCGGCCCGGGGCCCUACUCGUGCUCGGCGUGCGCCGCGCCGCUGCAGCUGCACAAGCGCCACCACCAGUGCGUGCCCUGCUGUGACCCGCAGCCCGCCGCGCAGCCGACCACCUGCUGCCGCUGCCGCACGGACGCGCUGCAAGGCGUGUGCCCGGACGUAUCCAGCGCGGGCAAGCGUCGCAUCGCCGAAGCGGCAGUGGCGGUGCCGUGGGCUGCGCCAUCCGGCCGCGGGGCUGGAGCCGUGGGCUCCGCUGGCAGCCUGCUGGGCGGCCCGCAACUGCCCGCGGCGUCCGCCGACUGGAGGCUGACUGGCGUGCAGGACGGUGACACCCUUGCGCGCAGCCGCUCCGGAACUCAUCAGCCCAACAUCAGUCUGACCACAACCACCGCCACCCUGGCCGUGGCCGUCGCCGCGCUGCUCGUCCUCAUCGUCGGCAUCCUGGUUACCAUGCUCCAGUCACGCUCGGCGCGGAGCCCAGCAAGCGACACCAGAGGGGGGCUGCACUGCCGGCUGAACAGCCCCAGGGGGUCGGCGGACCACAGCGGGCCGCGGGGGUCCAGAGGGCGGCCAAGGAGUAGGAGCCGAGGGCGGCCGCGCGGCCGGAGUCGAGACACGGAGGCAGCUGAGGAAGAGUGCCUUCUAGAAAACUCGGAGGACAACCAGGAUGCCUCUGAGGACCAUCACCUGCAGGACUCUGCACUGCCAUCAAAUCGUGAGAAAGGCCUACCUCAGCACGUCAUCCGAACGUGAAAUGAAGACUGCAAGCGUAUUAACUACGCUACCAAAUAGGGACAUAUGUAUUAUUUUUAAAACAGAUUCUAACAAUUGUUUUUUUAAAUCAAUUUAAAAAAUUCUAUAUGUCAAACUUGGCAGUGACCACGUUUGUAAAAAAGUAGAAUGACAAAUGGCCACUGUCACCAACGAAGAUAAAUAGAAGCAAAUUAACACAUGAUAAAUAAGUUGCCUUGGAGCAACCAUAUCAUUUUAUGUAUGAAUGUGAGUUUGUGAGUAGGAGUGCCUUAUGAGUUUAUGUACAGUAUGGAUCUUCAGAGAACUUUUGAUAACUUUGUCUGAACUUUGAUUUGAGUAACAGAAAACUGUUCGUGGGCUUUACAAGAUGAUGUUGUAUAUAUAGUUGUUUACUGUUUUGCUAGCUGCAGUGUUGUCAUCAAACUAGAUCUUUGGUUGCUUUGCAAAUGUGCGAUCAUUGGUUAUGUAUCAAUAAGGCAACAGUAACGGUCAUUUUGUAAAAUCAAUCCACGUGUGUCACUGUAAGUAAACUUAAAUGAUUUUCGUAAUUGCCAGUACAGAUCUCAUGUUUUAUUUUCAGCAAUGCUUCUAAAACAAUUCUAAAGCAUUACUGAGGAUAGUUGGGACCAAACACGUGACAUAUUUGUCUUUAGACACUGUCCUCAAUUUAGAAAAAAAUGGAUUCCACUUCCGUAAGGAUCAUAAGUGGUUUUGUGGCACACCUGACGUCUAUUGAAACAUGCGUUUUGAUUUUAAGACUGUGUAGCUUUGGUUAUCACACAAAAAUAUUAUCUGUUAUUCAAUAAUUUCAAACCUAAAAAUGUUCAGAGGCCUGCUCAACACCUGUAAUUGUUCAGGUGUUGCAGAAUGUGUGAAAGACUACCAUGCCCCAUAUAAUAAUGAAAAUUUUGUGCAACAAUACUAACUGUUGUCGGACUAUUUACAUAACAUCGGGCUGAUAUCCGUCUGUAAAAGAAGUAGGCUAGGCUCUUCCCACAAAAGUGAAACGUCCGUAGUCUUUUUUCAAAUUAUUUGAAAUUGACCUGACAGUAUGAGAAAUUGCAGCACAUUCUGUUUUAUUGUAAAAUAAAACUAUGUUAAAAUUUAGGAGGAUAUGAAUUUACCAAAAAAAUAUAAACACUUGAUAUGGUUGUUAAAUUUUAAAUAAAUGAUCAUGUCGCUCUCAAGAAUUAUAACAUUUACUUUGCCGCGAGUAAAUAUGAUGCUAAGUGUUGUUUUUAUUGGAUAGCAAGAAUCCAUUAUGCAGUUCGUGACUGACAAAUACAAUUUGUGUGAACAUUUUUGUAUAAUAUAUGUAAUAAAUUAUGUUGGACUGAAACUA